GCAAGAGUAGAGACAGAGCGCGCCAUAUAAUUGCCAUUAUUUCAAAUCAAUCAAUCGACGAAAAAUUUCUUACACACGCUAUAAACAUAUAGAAUACAUGUUUACCCGUGUAUAUAGAUGAAUGAAUGCGAAUAAGUAUUAGAUGAAAAGGAAAAUGUUUGAGAUUAAAAAAAGCUUAUCAUUGAUGUGUGCUGGUGCCUUAUUGGCAAUAAUUUUGUUGGCAACAUGCGCAGCUAAGCCCGCGUCGGAGAUUGAUGACGCCACAAGCGCUGAGAGCAUUGAUAACGUUAUAAUGGACGCCAAUGCCGAAUAUCUGAAAUCCUAUGCGUCGCAAAUGUUGAGCUACAUGAACCGCAGCGUGGCGCCAUGUGAUGACUUCUAUGAGUACGCAUGUGGCAACUGGAAAAAUGUAAAACAGGAGAGGCAAACCCAACAUAAGCGGAGCAAUCUGCUGGACAUUGUUUACACGCUGGCCGAUGUUGCCGAGCAGCUUCUGGUGGGGAACUCCACGCUGGCCGAGGAUCUCGGGUAUGGUGCUGAGCUGGGCAUUGCACAACAAUUUUACAACGCAUGCCUCAGCGCUCAGCUCUAUCCGCUGCCAGCGGCCGACCCCGCUUAUCUGGAGCUUAUCAGGUCGAUUGGUGGCUUCCCCGCCGUGGACGGCAAAGCGUGGCUGGCCUCGAAUUUCAGCUGGUUUAACAUGAGCUCCCACUUGACUAACUACGGUGCUGAUGGACUCAUCUACGAGAAGAUACUGCCCCAAUACCCUUUCAUGCCAUACUUUAAGCUGCCAGAGCUGGGCUUCGAUUAUAUUGUGCACACGGACAAUAUCGCUACCAAUGACACUAAAGGCUAUAGGCUCAACGAAAAGCGUAUGCGGGGCUACCUGAAUGCUUAUGGUCUCGCCGAGGAGCAGGUGGCCGAUGUAAUAGCUGGUGUUUUUGCCUUCUGGCGCGAUGUACUACAGAUUGCCGAUCGCUUCGACGACGAUUCGGAUAAAUGUGAUGUGCUGACCGAACUGCACACUUCAGGGCCAUUUCCCCAAUGGGAUCAGUACUAUGAAAUUGCCUGGGAUGGUCAAAAUUUCGGGAUUUAUCCGCCGGAACGCUUUUGCGACUUUUACUAUAUUGAGCUGGACAAGGUAUGUGCCAAGCACAAACCGGCUGUAGCCAAUUAUCUGGCCAUGAAACUGCUUUAUCGGAUGGAUGCCAAAUUGAAGGCCGCCAAGUUCCAGCGCGACCAGUGUAUACUCACCGUGCAGUACUCGCUGCCUUAUCUCCUGGACAAGCUUUAUUUUGUGGAGUACUUUACGGACGAGAAACGCGCCGAGAUUGAGAAUAUCAUUGUGGAGCUACGCAAGAGCCAGCUGUCACUGCUGCAGAACGCCAAUUGGCUGGAUGUAGAAACGCGCGAGGAGGCGUUGCUCAAGGAGUCCACCAUUGUGCCGCGGAUUGGUAAAUGCAAGGAUGACAGUCUCUCAGAGAGCCUCAUACGAGCCAUGAACAAUCUGACGUUAAUACCCGGCUCCUAUGCCCGGAACAACAUCAAUCUCAAUCACUUUAGCACCUAUAUAAGGCGCUACAAUGGCAUGCACCAUAAGGAGCUAUCCAAUACGACAAAGCCGCUGGAACUGCUGGUGGGCAUGCAGGUGAAUGCGUUUUACUACAAUAUAGACAAUUCGAUCAAUGUUAUGGCCGGCAUCCUGCAUCCCCCGGCAUACCAUCAGGCGUGGCCCAACUCGCUUAAGUUCGGCACCAUUGGCUAUUUGGUGGGUCAUGAGCUGACCCAUGGCUUCGAUAGCAUUGGCUCGACGUUCGAUAGCAACGGCACCGCACGCAACUGGUGGUCCAAGAAAUCCGGCGAGGUGUUUACCGAGCGAGCCAAAUGCUAUGUUGACCAUUUCAAUAACUAUAUAAUACCGGAGAUCAAUCGCAAGAUCAACGGCAAUCAGACCAAGGAUGAGAAUAUAGCGGACAGCGGCGGCUUACGUGAGGCGCUGAGUGCUUAUCGUAGCUACAUGAAGCAGCAGCAAGUGAGCAGCGAGAACAACGCCUCCUAUGUGCACAAGAAUGAACAGAUGCCAGGACUUGAUUUGUCACCAGAGCAAUUGUUUUUCCUAGGCUUUGCGCAGCUAUGGUGCUCCGACUACGAGGAGAGGCACUAUUGGGAGGAACUGACCAAUGAGCAUGCCAUGGACAAGUACAGAGUGCUUGGCGCCGUCACCAAUAACGAGGACUUCGCACAGGCAUACAACUGCCAGCUUGGCAGCCCAAUGAAUCCGACAGCGGAUAAAUGCCGCAUCUGGUAACGGCGUAAAUCGCAGCUGAUAAGCCUGCGCGGGUUCAUUGAGUAACUAAUGUAGUCAUGUAUAUAUGCAAAAAUAUAGGCCUGCCACAUAAAGCUACGCGUA